UGAUACAUCCCCAUCAUACCUUCAUCAUCUACGUCAGUUUCCCUGGACACCAGAGACCCUCGGUCACGACUAUUCCGUCUUACACCCACAGCUACAAAAACCAACAAAUCGUUUCAUCCACUCGAUCAAAACCUCUAAAUACUAACUCAUCAAUCAUUCAUCACGAUAUUAUGCUAAUUCGAGGUGGGGUUGAUUCGAAGUGGUGAAACUACACGGUUUCAUGGAGUUUCCGAUGGUUUUAAGAGCUCCGACGACUAACCCAACUCCGACUACUUCCGCUUACUGCUGUAGCAGAGGAAGUGUCUGGUUGCCGGAGAGAUUAAAGAAACGGAGGUACGUUUCGUUAAAAAGAGCAAUAAGCGUGAGAGCUACGGUCGAGAGAAAUGGUGGUGAGGGGAUCGAUACAGGAGAGAGGAAGAGCGCUGUCGCUGGCGGCGGUGGUAGCGUCGGAGCAAGCUAUACAAGUUCUGCAAUGGAGGUCACUACAUUUAACCAGACAUUCCCAGAUGCUGAGUUUCCAGUUUGGGACAAAAUCGGUGCUGUUGUCAGACUCAGCUAUGGAAUCGGAAUUUAUGGUGCAAUGGCAUUUGUAGGAAAUUUUAUUUGUUCAACAACAGGAAUCGAUAGCACAGGAGGAUAUUCACCAUCAUUAGAUGCAAUUGUUCAAGGACUCGGAUAUGCUGCUCCUCCUAUUAUGGCCCUUCUUUUUAUUCUAGACGACGAAGUGGUGAAGGUAUCGCCUCAUGCUCGUGCAAUACGGGAUGUUGAAGAUGAGGAGUUAAGAAGCUUUUUCUAUGGAAUGUCUCCAUGGCAGUUUAUAUUAAUUGUGGCUGCAAGUUCAGUAGGAGAGGAGCUCUUCUACAGGGCUGCAGUUCAGGGUGCAUUAGCUGAUGUGUUUUUAAGGGGGAAUGAUCUUGUAACAAAUGCACAUGGAAUGGCUGCACUGACCGGUGUAUUGCCUCCAUUUGUACCAUUUGCACAAGCAUUUGCAGCUGUGAUCACAGCUGCACUCACGGGUUCGCUUUAUUAUGUGGCUGCAUCUCCAAAAGAUCCUACUUAUGUUGUGGCACCAGUUUUGAGUUCACGUUCUGGUCGUCAAGAAAUGAAAAAGCUUUUUGCAGCCUGGUAUGAAAGGAGACAAAUGAAGAAGAUAUAUUCUCCAUUACUGGAAGGACUUCUAGCUCUUUACCUUGGAUUUGAAUGGAAUCAGACAAACAACAUUUUAGCGCCCAUCAUCACGCAUGGAAUUUACUCUGCAACGAUACUCGGACAUGGGCUUUGGAAGAUUCAUGAUCACCGCAGAAGAUUACGCCAGCGAGUUCAGCAGCUUAAUCUUGAAGAUAAGAACUCGAGAAAUUUCUGAAAUUAGGUCUAGUAUUAGUAGUAAUAGAAACCAUACCUUUUGGGAUGAAGAAGCUUGUAUAUAAGUAAACAAUAAUUCUGUGUGGUUUUGUACUAUAAAUACUAUACAAAGAGACUAUUUUCAUGACCCAAA